AUGUAUAAGAAUCAGUUACAGGAGCUAGCGCAGAGGAGCUGCUUCAAUCUCCCUUCGUACACUUGUUUAAGAGAAGGUCCUGACCACGCGCCGCGAUUCAAGGCCACCGUUAACUUUAACGGCGAGAUCUUUGAGAGUCCUCAGUACUGUUCUACUCUCCGUCAAGCUGAGCACUCUGCUGCUGAAGUUGCUCUUGGUGCUCUUUCUAAUCGUGGCCCUUCUCACUCUUUAGCCGCUAGGAUCUUGGAUGAGACGGGUGUGUACAAGAAUCUAUUGCAGGAAAUAGCUCAGAGAGUAGGAGCUCCUCUACCGAGAUACACAACAUUCAGGUCUGGUCUUGGACACCAGCCUGUGUUUACUGGUACUGUGGAGUUAGCUGGUAUCACAUUCACUGGAGAUCCGGCUAAGAACAAGAAGCAAGCAGAGAAGAAUGCUGCUAUGGCUGCUUGGUCUUCCCUUAAACAAUUGGCGAAAGAAACUUCAAGCACAAUGCCUGAGCCUGAGAACAUUGAUGAACUAGAGCAGGUGAUUAUAGCAAGAGCCUUGAUAAAUUAUCGUAUCAAGGAAAAUAUUGGCACGGGGAGUUCCUCGAGUGCCCCUGUUCCAUUUGCAAAGAAGUUUUUCACGCAAAGCCCUAGACCAACUAGUCCACAGCCUUCUCGUGCAGCCACAUCGAGAAUCUUGCCUUUCAUUUGCCCGCAACCUUCUUCUAGAAACAGAUCAGUAUCAGCAACUUCCGUGGAAAGAGCCAUAGCAUCUGCUUUGGAAAACCGCAACUACCGACCUCAGCAGAGAUUUGCAACUCCAGGAACAGCAGGAGCUCCACCUCCUCCUUAUGUUCCGAUGAGGCAUUUAAGAUCGCCGUGCCACCGUGGUAUGGCUCCACCGGUCACGAUCAGAACCUCUGUACCAGUCUUCUCUGCACCUCCAAGGCCUCCUCCACCUAAUGCAAACACUCAGCAGCAGCUACCUCCUGUGUAUGUCCCAUCCAUGAUGCGUACUGCUGCACCCGUGAGAAUCGCGCCACCUGUGACAAUCAGAACCUCGGUGCCUGUUUUUGCUUCUGCACCACAGAUUAGAAAGGAAGAGCCUUUACCUGUUAGGAAAGUGAAUAUCCAAAACCCUGCCAAGUCCAUGACUGAAGUAGCUGAAACCCCAGUCCAAGUAAAAGAGGAAAGAACAGCUCUAGUCUUGCCUGAUAGUCUUGAAAUUGAAGAAGAGGGAAGUGCUAAACCAGUUUCAGAGAAUGCAAAGGAGACAGAGAGAGCAGCUUUGAAGGACAUGAGAGGAGAGCCGGAAACAGCAAGAGAGCGGCUGGAGAAUCUCAAGAUCUGGUAG